AUGCGAUGCCCAUCCUUUUCUGUGUCCACGAGCACGCCGUCGCAGUCGAACAGGAGCGCCGCAGGGAGAGGAGAACCAGAAGAGGACGAAGAAGACGACGCUGAAGAAAAAACCACACCGCCUCGCCGCCUUUCACAGAAGCGCGAGGAAGACGGCGCCGCGUUUCUUCCCAAUCCCACACGAAUUUGGAGGGCGGAGGUAGCACCAAGCGCAGAUGAAACCGGAAGAAGAAGAUGA